AUGUUCUUUCGAACAAUAAUAGUUCCACUUACCUUCGAAAGAGUUCUAGCUACCAUUUACUCUAAAAAUUAUGAACAACAAAAAUCGCCCAAAAUUGGAAUAUGGGCAGUUGUUUUGACAUUGCUAAUCAGUAUAGCAAUUGGUAUAUACAUUGGAAGUGAAUUAAACAACUCUUCAAUUCGAAAUGGGGUAAUAACUUUUCGUGGAAGUUAUUACGGUCUUUACCAUAUAAUAGACGUCUCUGUACGCUUAGUUAUUUGGAUUAUUUGUUUUGCAAUUUUUGUUUUAAUUUUGCGUUACAAUCAACGUUGUUAUGCAUUUUCGCGAUUGCCUAACAAACACAAUCUUGUACAGCGAUAUCAAUUUGCUGAAAAUGUUCGGUCUUCUAAGCUCUUGUUGGCUGUUGGAAUUAUUAUUUUUGUUUGGUUAGUAAAAGAUUUUUAA